UAGUUUCUACUGGAUAAAUAAACCUGUAUGAAUUUCCACAUUGCUUCAAAUAACUGAGAAUUGGGCACAACCAACUACUUAGUUUGGGGACUCUUUUGAAGGAACAGUAUCAUCUCUUCCAUUUGAUACUCUUACACUACCUUCUUAAUAGAGAAAACUACCAGCUUUCAAGUCUAGUAAAGGAAUGGGAGUUGAAAAACGGAAAGUUAUUAACUUUCCCAAAAGCUGAAGCAUAUUUUCGUUCCUCUCUUGCUUUCAUUAAAUAUACAUAGAUUCCAGGAGAAUAGGUUGACUAAUGAUUAGAGCAGGGUACCAUCCCAUCUCUUUUUCAGAAGAAUGUGACACCAUCUCUUCAUUUCACUUCAAGCACUUCCUCACUGUUCCAACCAAAAGUGGCACAAAUCUCAGCUCCUUUUUGUAAUGAUUUCAUCAUUGCCACUGUCAACAGCAAUUUAAUAAACACCCAAUUUAGGUCUUCUCGCGCCCUCCCGCCCUCGCGUCACUUCCGGUGUUACCUGUGUGGUUACAGGGAGCCGUAAACAAGGUGUGCAAACUUCUGGAGAGCUGUCGGGAUGCUGCAGAGCGGGGCGGCUGGAGGCCGUGGCUGUGCUCUGUGCCCACUGCUGGGCGUCCUAUUCUUCCAGGGUGUUUACAUCGUCCUUUCCCUGGAGAUUAAAGCAGAUGCCCAUGUCCGGGGUUAUGUUGGAGAAAAUAUCAAGUUGAAAUGCACCUUCAAGUCAACCUCAUCUAUCACUGACAAACUCACCAUAGACUGGACAUAUCGACCUCCAAGCAGCAGUCGCACAGAAUCAAUUUUUCAUUAUCAGUCUUUCCAGUACCCAACCACAGUGGGCACGUUUCGGAAUCGAAUUUCCUGGGUUGGAGAUGUGUACAACGGGGAUGCGUCCAUAAGCAUAAUCAACCCUACCAUAAAGGACAAUGGGACCUUCAGCUGUGCUGUGAAGAAUCCCCCGGAUGUGUACCAUAAUAUUCCAGGGACAGAGCUAACCGUCACAGAAAGGGGUUUUGGCAUGAUGCUGUCCUCCGUGGCCCUUCUUUCCAUUCUUGUCUUCAUUCCCUCAGCUGUGGUGGGUGUGCUGCUGCUGGUGAGAAUGGGGAGGAAGUCUGCGGGGCUGAAGAAGAGGAGCAAGUCUGGCUCUAAGAAGUCAUCUAUUGAGGUUUCAGCUGACAGUGACCAGGAGAAGGAUGACUGCAUGGGCAAGCUUUGUGUCCGUUGUGCCGAGUGCCUGGAUUCAGACUAUGAAGAGACUUAUUGAUGAAAGUCUGCAUGAUAGAAGAAGAGUCACCUAAUAACAGAAAAUAUCCCAUUCCACUGUCAGCUAAAGCCUCCCAGAGAAGUGGAGCUGGCUUGGACAGUAGUGAUGGAGAAUUCUGGAAGCCAUCAGUGAAGACUUUAGGAGCCAUUUAUUUAUUGAAGAAAUGUUCUUUUUGUAUUUAUAAACUGUUCAAAAACUCUCAGAAGAAACUUAUAACUACCCCUUUCAAUAACUUAUACUCUAAUUGAAUGAAGGAAUUCUUUUCCUAAAUAGAAAGAUACUUUUUGUUUUGCCUUUGCUCUUGAAUGUAUUACAUGUUUUCUUCCAAUUUUUUGAGGGAGAAUCCUAGAUGUUGGCCACACUGCUGAUGCCAAAAUGUGUACAUAUAUUUAAUGAAAUGGAGCUUGGAGCUUCCUGAUGUGCUCCCAGGCAAAAUGUUUGUCUGGGAUAGCUAUUCUUUAUUUUUUGCUCCAUGAACAUUUUCAGCUGUGAGUUAGCAUACAGCAUAUACUCGUUGGUUUAAUGAUCUCAUCAUCAAUUGUGUUUGCGAGGCUUGGAGUGCAUAACCCCAGUUUUUUUUUUAGAGUUGGUAGGCUUGGGAGUCAGUGGUUUACUUUGACUGGGUUUUUAAAGUGUUAAAGUGCAUUCAGUUUACAAUUAAGGAAAGAAAUAAUGAGAUAGAGGGAUUCCUUUCUUUUGUCUUACUAGGUGCAAUUUGUUAUUUUACUUUCUGACAGCUGACUGAUUUAUGAUUUCCUUCUUGACUUUUCAGAUCAGAGGCAAGAAAAACUCUUCAAAAGGUUUUAGUGGGGCUAAGUAGACUAUUUUACCAGUAAUUUGCAAUGAAAUCAUCUUUUAACCUACGCUGUUCUUCAAAAGUUGUUUGAUUUCUAAAAUGCGGAAAAUAUGAGCAAACUAAUGUAUUUACAAACCGUUUUUGCAUAAUAUUUGAGAUAAGGAAGUGAGGGUGUGAAUAACCUAUACUUCCUCCUUCUGU